AUGUGCAAUCGCGAGGUCUUCCAGGCCUUCCAUGGUUUAGUGGUACGAAGGAGAAGGAACAGGACUGCUCCAGGGCUUCCCUCAAAGACCGAAGAAAUACGCAAACCAAUAAAGGACCCGCCGAUGAAAGAAGAAAGGGAAACGAAGUCACCUAUGAAGAGAAUCGCGAGAGUCUACUACGACUUGCCCCGUCGACUGUUCUCCAACCUUGUGCUGCCGUCCUCGAUUCGAACGUGGAGGAACACCGACCCUCCUCUUCCAUUUUUGCGGUACCUCUUCUCAUUCUCUAAUCCAGCCGAAACGAAUUCCGACAAUAACUGCAUUGAACAUGACGAAGCAAAUCCGUUGCUGGUUCCAAAUGUCAACGCGAAUCAAGGCUACGCUCUCACCAAGGCCGUACACGCCCAAUUCAUCCCACUCGUGCGCUUCCUUCUCGAACACGGGGCAGAGUCAGACACGAAAGACGGUAUAGCUGUGAUGGUUGCCAUCCGACAGAAGAACUUGAAGCUGGUCAAAAUGCUGAUCGAAAGGGAGGACAAUGCUGGCUAUAGCGAUAUCAAUUCGACAGCACCAUCUACACCAAAAUCUUCACUUGGGCAGGUGACAGGGACGAAGAAAAUGAAUACGAAGCAGAAAGGGUCGGCGAAGAGAAGGAGAUUGGAGGAUAGGAUGAAACCUGAUUCGAGGAUGUUGAAGGCGGCGGUUCAGUGCAAAGCCAAGGACAUUGUGGAGUAUCUGUGUCAUGAGAAGGGAGUGGUGCCGGAUAUCCAAACGUUACAGCUCAUGAUGUAG